AUGGAGUUCUUUCUUCCGGACGUGCGGCAAGACGCGGUCAAGCUUCGGCGCACAUACUUGCAGCUGGCACUCCGCUACCACCCGGACAAGGUCAACGUGAGCCGCUCACCGCAAGGCUCUGCGGAGUACCGUGAAGCGACAGAGCUCUUCCAAGCCAUCCAGGUUGCUUACGAGGAGCUUUCUGCUCGCUUGGACGGGCGAGGGCGGAGAGGUUUGCCUGGGGGCCCUGGCCCGAGGGUGCGCAGCGCCUUUGCGGCGGCCUGCGAACUGGGCGACGUUGCGGUCAUGCGGCGCCUCCUCCGUCUCCGCCCAGCCCUGGCGGAGCAGACAGAUGAGUUGGGCGUGUCUCCACUGAUGUUUGCGGCCUCAGGCGGAUCCCUGGCAGCCUGCGAGGUGCUGCUGGAGGCGAAGGCUGCCUUGGAGACACGCAAUCCGCUGGGCUGGACGGCCCUGACUUGGGCUGCACUCCGAGCCCGCACGGAGGCUUCAUCUUUCUUGCUGCAACGUGGGGCGGCGGUGCAGGACAACGACCUGAUCGUGCUGGCCUUUACUGGCAACCAUGAAACCUUGUCGAUCCUUCUGAAGGCCUGCAGUGAAGAGAAAGUGCUCGCGGUGCGCGAUCAGAAGGAGAAAGGACUCCUCCACUUUGCCUUGACAGGUUUGGCCUACAUGAAGCAAACGGCAGAGUCACAUCAGCGCUGCGUGGCCUUGGCCAUCGAGGCACGAUGUGAUCCGGCCGCUGAAGACCGCAGAGCCUGCCAGUGCCGAGGAGGCGGCAUGGAGGACGCGGUGCCGGUUCUCUGCCAUUUCGUGCAGUGUAUGGCGGAAGACUGGGCAAGCGCUGACCUGGACCAGUCCUCCGUGCACGUGGCCAUGGUCCAGAGGUUGCUCCAACUUCAUGCCGAUCCUCGUGCUGUGGGCCCACCAGGUAGUGCGAUUGACGUCGCCCGCAGGAACGGCUUGGCCCAGAUCCACAAGGCACUUCUAGGUGACAGUGCCGGCAGUGCCCAACCUCCAGCUCGCAGGCUGCAUGUGUCGAGCUGGCGCAGAUGGUGUUGGUGCUGCGGCUCCUGA